GCCUCAACCGCCAAGAAGCGCAACCCGGCGGCUGAGGCCUUGAGAUCGAUCGCCGGCCUCUUCGCUUCUUGCUUCACCCCUCCACAGCUUGACGCCUCUAGCAACUUGGAUCCCUCCAAUUCUCGUUCUGUUGCGUCUGAUGGUUCGGGAUCCGGAAAGAGACGACGGAGCUCGGCUGGGGGAAGCAAUAGCAUCUACGGAAGUCCGACCCACAACCACAAGCGAGAGCCA